CCUCUUAUCUCCUGAUAGGGCAUAUUGUAUGGAGACACUCUGCACAUGCUCAGUUUGGUGUGUAUUGCUAGAGAGGUUUUUUUUUUUUUUCUUGGGAGAGUGCAUGUGAUCAGUACAGGGCCAAACAGCACUGUCCAGACAGAGGUCAGGGGUUCUGCAUCCUCCUACAGCAGAAAGAAAACUCCUCCUCCAAGCUUUAUCCAGUGCUCUCUUGAAGUUACAAGACUGCUCUAACUGCUGAUGAGAAAAGGUAUUUAGCAGUUUAUAUUUACUAAAAUAAUUGCAUUUCCAUGUUCUGUGUACUGUGGGAGAUCAGAUAUAGUGAAUACAGGGUCCUGG